UUGAAUUCUUCGGCAAAAUGCCGGAGUUUGAAUUGAUUGAUUACAAGAUACUAGAUAAGAUCGGUGAAGGUUCAUUUUCGGAGGUCUAUCGGGUGAAGCACAAACGAACUGGGUUGUUCUAUGCAGCGAAGAAACUACUAAAAUUGUACCUGGAUAAGGCGGAAGCACUGCAAUGUGCUGAAAUUCAGGUUUUGAAGUUGUUGGAAUUUCACCCUAAUGUGGUCAGCUUCGUUGAUAUUUUACAUGACGAAUCGAAUGGCCACCUUACCCUAGUGAUGGAACUGAUGGACAUGAGUAUGUAUGAUUAUAUUAAGAAUCGUAAACGCUGUCUGUCGGAGAAAAGAGUUCGCCGGUUUCUGUACCAGAUAGUUUGCGGACUUCUCCAUUUGCAUCGAAACGGUAUCUUUCAUAGGGACAUCAAACCGGAAAAUAUUCUUAUCAAAAUACCAAACAAAUUGAAAGAAAGUGAAUUGGUUCAACUCGCAGAUUUUGGUUCGAUUUGCAGCGUCAACCAACAGCCCCCCUAUUCCGCGUACGUUUCUACUCGCUGGUAUCGUUCGCCGGAAUGUCUUCUAACAUCCGGUUACUAUGGGCCCAAGAUGGACAUUUGGGCUACCGGUUGCUGUUUCUACGAGAUGCUUACCCUUAAUCCGCUUUUCCCAGGCGAAAACGAAUUGGACCAGCUGGAUCGCAUUCAUGAGGUGGUUGGUUCACCAUCCGCGGCUCUUUUAGCCAAAUUUCGGCAUCGAAAUCAGUUGAACUUCGAAUUUCCGAGACGGAAACCUCUGGACUUAAGAAGUCACAUUCCGCUGCUCAGUCACUAUGGGAUUGACGUAAUGACCCGAAUGCUUUCAUACGCACCUGAUGUGAGAAUAAGUGCCGCUAGAUUAGUGCAGCAUCCGUACUUUGAAGAUUUGAGCAAAACUAAGAAAAACUCCCGCCUAUCGUCCUCCUUGCAAAGUUUGGACAUCGUAGACGGUGGUUUCUAUAAGAGAACGAGUUCCCAAAGAAAAAUUAUGAAAGGGUCUAUUGGCAGUACGGAAUCGCUUGAUCGAGCAAGACAGAGCACCUGCAGUAGCGUCAUGACCCGAGUAACCGACAGCAGCGUCCGUUCGGCAACCGAUGUUUCAUGCAGUAAGAAGGGUUCACUAACGGUAGAAAUGAUAAAGAACAAGAAUCUAGAAAGAAUGUGGGGUAUGAACCCAGGUCCGGGAAAGAACCGCCUAGGACAGCAAAUUCUCAGCUCCAGGCUAUGACAGCGAAUCGGCGAGAGGACAAUUUCUUUUCAUCUUGACAAGCGAUAAAUUUAUAUUUUUAUAGGCACAUAUCUUCUACAUCUAUUGUUGUUUUUUCAACUGUAAAACUCAACAGACUUUAUU